AUGGAGUUCAGCACCUCCAAGGAGGUCACGGUGGCCCCGACCUUCGAGGACAUGCACCUGAAGGAAAGCCUGCUUCGCGGUAUCUACGCCUAUGGUUACGAAUCCCCAUCUGCGGUCCAGUCUCGCGCCAUCGUUCAGAUCUGCAAAGGUCGCGAUACCAUUGCGCAGGCCCAGUCUGGUACUGGUAAGACGGCGACUUUCUCGAUCAGUACUCUGCAGGUCAUCGAUACCGUUGUGCGCGAAACUCAAGCUCUUGUCCUCUCUCCGACUCGCGAACUUGCGACCCAGAUUCAGUCCGUCAUUAUGGCUCUCGGUGAUUACAUGAACGUUCAAUGCCACGCAUGCAUUGGUGGAACCAACAUUGGCGAGGAUAUUCGCAAGCUGGACUAUGGCCAACACGUCGUCUCUGGAACCCCCGGCCGUGUCGCUGAUAUGAUCCGCCGCCGGCACUUGCGCACGCGCCACAUUAAGAUGCUUAUUCUCGAUGAAGCCGACGAGCUUUUGAACCGCGGUUUCCGUGAACAGAUCUACGACGUCUACCGUUAUCUGCCUCCAGCGACCCAGGUUGUCGUCGUUUCAGCUACUCUGCCCUACGAUGUCUUGGACAUGACCACCAAGUUCAUGACAGACCCCGUUCGUGUCCUGGUCAAGCGUGACGAGCUUACCCUGGAAGGAAUCAAGCAAUACUUCAUUGCGGUUGAGAAGGAGGAGUGGAAAUUCGACACUCUGUGCGAUCUUUACGACACUUUGACGAUUACACAGGCUGUUAUCUUCUGCAACACCCGCCGCAAGGUCGACUGGUUGACCGAUAAGAUGCGCGAGGCCAAUUUCACCGUGUCUAGCAUGCACGGUGAGAUGCCUCAGAAGGAGCGUGACAGCAUUAUGCAGGACUUCCGCCAGGGUAACUCCCGUGUUCUGAUCUCCACUGACGUCUGGGCCCGUGGUAUCGAUGUUCAACAGGUCUCGCUUGUCAUCAACUAUGACCUGCCCACCAACCGUGAGAACUACAUUCACCGUAUUGGUCGCAGUGGUCGUUUCGGUCGCAAGGGUGUUGCUAUCAACUUUGUCACUAGCGAUGACGUCCGUAUCCUUCGGGAUAUUGAGUUGUACUACUCGACUCAAAUUGAUGAAAUGCCUAUGAAUGUCGCGGAUCUGCUCUCAUAA